UUCCUCGGAGGUCCGGCCGCUCCCUGCGGACGGGCGCUGAUUGGCCCGUUUGAAAUGCGCCAGGCGGGAGCUCACCUGGGCUCUUAGCGUCGCCGCCGGCUUCGCCGAGCACCGCGCUUUAGCCGCGGAGUCCCCGUUCCUCCUGCCGGUUCUAACGUCCCGCAGUCUUCGCCAGCUCGCCGUCCCGUGCGCGCGUUUGGGCGGCGUGGAGCCUACUGCCAUGAAGUCAGCGAGAGCUAAGACACCCCGGAAACCUAUCGUGAAAAAAGGGUCCCAAACGAACCUUAAAGACCCAGUUGGGGUAUACUGUAGGGUGCGCCCACUGGGCUUUCCUGAUCAAGAGUGUUGCAUAGAAGUGAUCAAUAACACAACUGUUCAGCUUCAUACUCCUGAGGGCUAUAGACUGAACCGAAAUGGAGACUAUAAGGAGACUCAGUAUUCAUUUAAACAAGUAUUUGGCACUCACACCACCCAGAAGGAACUCUUUGAUGUUGUGGCUAAUCCCUUGGUCGAUGACCUCAUUCAUGGCAAAAAUGGUCUUCUUUUUACAUAUGGCGUGACGGGAAGUGGAAAAACUCACACAAUGACUGGUUCUCCAGGGGAAGGAGGGCUGCUUCCUCGUUGUUUGGACAUGAUCUUUAACAGUAUAGGGUCAUUUCAAGCUAAACGAUAUGUUUUCAAAUCUAAUGAUAGGAAUAGUAUGGAUAUACAGUGUGAGGUUGAUGCCUUAUUAGAACGUCAGAAAAGAGAAGCUAUGCCCAAUGCAAAGACCCCUUCUAGCAAACGACAAGUAGAUCCAGAGUUUGCAGAUAUGAUAACUGUACAAGAAUUCUGCAAAGCAGAAGAGGUUGAUGAAGAUAGUGUCUAUGGUGUAUUUGUCUCUUAUAUUGAAAUAUAUAAUAAUUACAUAUAUGAUCUAUUGGAAGAGGUCCCGUUUGAUCCCAUAAAACCCAAACCUCCACAAUCUAAAUUGCUUCGUGAAGAUAAGAACCAUAACAUGUAUGUUGCAGGAUGUACAGAAGUUGAAGUGAAAUCUACUGAGGAGGCUUUUGAAGUUUUCUGGAGAGGCCAGAAAAAGAGACGUAUUGCUAAUACCCAUUUGAAUCGUGAGUCCAGCCGUUCCCAUAGCGUGUUCAACAUUAAAUUAGUUCAGGCUCCCUUGGAUGCAGAUGGAGACAAUGUCUUACAGGAAAAAGAACAAAUCACUAUAAGUCAGUUGUCCUUGGUAGAUCUUGCUGGAAGUGAAAGAACUAACCGGACCAGAGCAGAAGGAAACAGAUUACGUGAAGCUGGUAAUAUUAAUCAGUCACUAAUGACGCUAAGAACAUGUAUGGAUGUCCUGAGAGAGAACCAAAUGUAUGGAACUAACAAGAUGGUUCCAUAUCGAGAUUCAAAGUUAACCCAUCUGUUCAAGAACUACUUUGAUGGGGAAGGAAAAGUGCGGAUGAUCGUGUGUGUGAAUCCCAAGGCUGAAGAUUAUGAAGAAAACUUGCAAGUCAUGAGAUUUGCGGAAGUGACUCAAGAAGUUGAAGUAGCAAGACCCGUAGACAAGGCAAUAUGUGGUUUAACGCCUGGAAGGCGAUACAGAAACCAGCCUCGAGGUCCAAUUGGAAAUGAACCAUUGGUUACUGACGUGGUUUUGCAGAGUUUUCCACCUUUGCCAUCAUGUGAAAUUUUGGAUAUCAACGAUGAGCAGACACUUCCAAGGCUAAUUGAAGCCUUAGAGAAACGACAUCACCUACGACAAAUGAUGAUUGAUGAGUUUAACAAACAAUCUAAUGCUUUUAAAGCUUUGUUACAAGAAUUUGACAAUGCUGUUUUAAGUAAAGAAAACCACAUGCAAGGGAAACUAAAUGAAAAGGAAAAGAUGAUCUCAGGACAGAAAUUGGAAAUAGAACGACUGGAAAAGAAAAACAAAACUUUAGAAUAUAAGAUUGAGAUUUUAGAGAAAACAACUACUAUCUAUGAAGAAGACAAACGCAAUUUGCAACAGGAACUUGAAACUCAGAACCAGAAACUUCAGCGACAGUUUUCUGACAAACGCAGAUUAGAAGCCAGGUUGCAAGGCAUGGUGACAGAAACGACAAUGAAGUGGGAGAAAGAAUGUGAGCGUAGAGUGGCAGCCAAACAGCUGGAGAUGCAGAAUAAACUCUGGGUUAAAGAUGAAAAGCUGAAACAACUGAAGGCUAUUGUUACUGAACCUAAAACUGAGAAACCAGAGAGACCCUCUCGGGAGCGAGAUAGAGAAAAAGUUACUCAAAGAUCUGUUUCUCCGUCACCUGUGCCUCUUUCUAGUAACUAUAUUGCUCAGAUUUCCAACGGCCAGCAACUCAUGAGCCAGCCACAGCUACAUAGGCGCUCUAACUCUUGCAGCAGCAUUUCUGUAGCUUCCUGUAUUUCGGAAUGGGAGCAGAAAAUUCCUACGUACAACACACCUCUCAAAGUCACAUCUAUUGCAAGGCGUAGGCAGCAGGAGCCAGGACAAAGCAAAACUUGUAUCGUAUCAGACAGAAGGCGAGGGAUGUACUGGACUGAAGGCAGGGAGGUGGUUCCUACAUUCAGAAAUGAGAUAGAAAUAGAAGAGGAUCAUUGCUGCAGGUUCCUCUUUCAACCUGAUCAGAAUGCACCACCAAUUCGUCUCCGACACAGACGAUCACGCUCUGCAGGAGACAGAUGGGUAGAUCAUAAGCCCGCCUCUAACAUGCAAACUGAAACAGUCAUGCAGCCACAUGUCCCUCAUGCCAUCACAGUAUCUGUUGCAAAUGAAAAGGCGCUAGCUAAGUGUGAGAAGUAUAUGCUGACCCACCAGGAACUAGCCUCCGAUGGGGAGAUUGAAACUAAACUAAUUAAGGGUGAUAUUUAUAAAACAAGGGGUGGUGGACAAUCUGUUCAGUUUACUGAUAUUGAGACUUUAAAGCAAGAAUCACCAAAUGGUAGUCGAAAACGAAGAUCUUCCACAGUAGCACCUGCCCAACCAGAUGGUGCAGAGUCUGAAUGGACCGAUGUAGAAACAAGGUGUUCCGUGGCUGUGGAGAUGAAAGCAGGAUCACAGCUGGGACCUGGAUAUCAGCAUCACGCACAACCCAAGCGCAAAAAGCCAUGAACUGACAGUCCCAGUAGUGAAAGAACAUUUUCAUUUGUGUGGAUGAUUUCUCGAAAGCCAUGCCAGAAGCCGUCUUCCAGGUCAUCUUGUAGAACUCCAACUUUGUUGAAAAUCACGGACCUCAGCUACAUCAUACACUGACCUAGAGCAAAGCUUUCCCUAUGGUUCCAAAGACAACUAGUAUUCAACAAACCUUGUAUAGUAUGUUUUGCCAUAUUUAAUAUUAAUAGCAGAGGAAGACUCCUUUUUUCAUUGCUGUAUGAAUUUUUUUAUAAUGCUUUGUUAAAAUAUAUUUCAUGUAUACUUAUAAACUAAUUCACACAAGUGUUUGUCUUAGAUGAUUAAGGAAGAAUAUAUCUAGAUCAUGCCUGAUUUUUUAUUGUGACUUUUCCAGCCCUGGUCUGAAUUUCUUAAGGUUUUAUAAACAAAUGCUGCUAUAUAUUAGCUGCAAGAAUGCACUUUAGAACUCUUUGACAAUUCAAACUUUCAAAAUAAAGAUGUAAAUGACUGGCCAAUAAUAACCAUUUUAGGAAGGUGUUUUGAAUUUUGUAUGUAUAUAUUCACUUUCUGACAUUUAGAUAUGCCAAAAGAAUUAAAAUCAAAAGCACUAAGAA